AUGAGCGAAGCAGACAGCAACCAGCAACAUCCUGCACCUCAAGCGGUUCACCAUGAGAUGCGGAAUGCAGAAAACAGCGCCGCUUACCUUUUGGGCAAGCUGGAGGACAUGAAAGCCAUCAACCCGCAGAUCAAAUUGCUCGACGUCGGCGCCGGCUCGGGCACCAUCUCGGUCGCGUUGGCCAAGGCGCUCCCCCAAGGCUACGUGACGGCCAUAGAUAUCAAGGAGGACAUACUCCCGCGCGCGCGGGCCAUUGCCGAGAUGCAGGGCGUAUCCAACAUCGAGUUCCUGCAGGCCGACGUUUUUGCUCUGCCCUUUGCCGACGCGAGCUUUGACGUUGCGCACUGCCAUCAGGUCUUGACGCACCUGAAAGAGCCUUGGAGGGCGCUGGCCGAGAUGCUGCGCGUGACCAAGCCCGGCGGUAUCGUUGCGGCUCGCGAGGGCGACUUUCAGACCGAAUGCAUCUGGCCCGAUCUUCCUGGGCUUGCGGAUUUCCAUGACUUUGCGGCCAAGAUUAUAGUCAUGGGAGGAGGCAGUGCUACAGCGGGCCGGCAGCUCCUGUCCUGGGCACUCAAGGCUGGAGUACCGAGAGAUAGGAUUGCCGCGAGUUUUGGCACUUGGUCAUACAUUGAGAAAGAGGAGGAGAAGGUUUGGGCCCACGGGAUUAUUGAUAUUAUCAAGGCUGGGCGCCUGCGUGAUGCUGGACUCAACGCAAAAUUUGUCACGGAAAGUGAACUCCAAGACAUGAUCAAGGCAUGGGAAGAGUGGGCAGAAAGAGACGACUCGACGCUGGCAAUGAUGUCGGGAGAAAUAAUCAUUCAAAAGCACAUCUAA